UAAGUGUGCGUGUGUCUGGGAAAUUAGCGGUGAAUGUGGACGUUGUGAAGUGAAACUUUGAGGCUGACUCUCUCUCUCUGGAGAGUCGUGAUCAGUUGGCCAGCAGAGCUCGUGCGGUGAGGACAACGAGUACAGCUGUUCCCACCCAGUGGAUUUGUGAAAAAGGAAAUUUGUAUUCUGUAGCUGUCAAAGGUUGCUAAAACGCACCUGUCGAGUGAAGUGACAUUUUCCAUUCUUUGUGCUUAAUAGUGUACGUAGAUAAAGUCAGUGGAAGCAAGUGAAAGUUUACCAUAUACUGAGAACUGCCUAAAAGGUGUAGCAUAAACAACGGAGGAGAAAGCCCCGUGAAAGCUGGGUGAGCGGAAGCAGGUCGCGGCCGCUACUAGCGCCGUCAUGGGCAACUCCGACAAUGAGGAAGCGGUGCGUGAGUGUGAGAGGCGUGUGGUGACACCAGAGGAUGCAGAUGACUUGAGCCCCAUGCCCACACACAUAACCACCAGCAAGACCAGACGAGGGGCCAUAUCUGCAGAGCCCCUCUCAGAGGAUGAUGCCACCUCUUAUGUUAAGAAGGUGGUUCCCAAAGAUUACAAAACCAUGGCUGCCCUGCAGAAAGCUAUUGGAAAAAAUGUACUUUUUGCUCACUUGGACGAAAAUGAGCGCUCCGAUAUUUUUGAUGCCAUGUUUCCAGUUAAUGCCUUGCCUGGAGAGGUUAUUAUACAGCAGGGUGACGAGGGCGACAACUUCUAUAUUAUGGACCAGGGAGAAGUUGAGAUUUUUGUGAAUGGUGAACAUGUAACCAGCAUUACUGAUGGUGGAAGCUUUGGUGAGUUGGCCCUCAUCUAUGGUACACCGAGGCAAGCAACAGUAAAGGCAAAGACAGAUACUAAGCUCUGGGGUAUAGACAGAGAUUCUUAUAGACGGAUUCUCAUGGGCUCCACUAUAAGGAAACGGAAAAUGUAUGAAGAAUUCCUAUCCAAAGUAUCAAUUCUUGAAUCAUUGGACAAAUGGGAGCGCUUAGUGGUGGCUGACGCACUUGAGCCCGUGUCCUUCGAGUCAGGCUCUACAGUUGUUAGGCAGGGAGAAGCUGGUGAUGAUUUCUAUAUCAUCGUGGAGGGCACUGCAGUUGUCAUGCAGGCUCGCACCCCUGACGAUGAACCUGUGGAAGUUGGCAGGCUUGGUACUUCAGAUUAUUUUGGUGAGAUUGCCCUACUAUUAGACCGACCUCGAGCUGCCACAGUUAAAGCAGAUGGAUCCCUGAAGUGUGUCAAAUUAGAUAGGGCCAGGUUUGAGCGUGUUCUUGGUAGCUGUGCUGACAUCUUGAAGCGGAACAUUGAGCAGUACAAUUCCUUUAUUGCAUUAACAGUUUAAACUGUAUUUCAGCUGCUAUGUAGCCCAUGUUUAUGCAUCCAUUUAGUUUGUUGUGCAACUUCAUAGGCUCAAAUGUAAGCAACUGUGUAUUCUCUUGUUUAGGUGCUGAAGUGUGCUAUCUUGUAGGACCUAAACAUCAAUACAGGAACUUUGUUAAAAAGUGUGAACAGUUACGUAGGAAUUUAAGUAGUCUCUGUGUGUGUGCAGCUUGUAAACACCUAAAGUUAGUGAGAGGGUAGUGCCAUCCACAACUGAUGUUAUAAACAAUAACUGGUGGUGAAGGGGUUAUCAUCUAUAGCAGUUGGUGUAAGGUUCUACCAUGUCCCUCUUGUAAGAGAGUACAUUAUUACCUGGAACUGGUUAGCAAAAUUGCACACUACUUAUGAGGGUAAGAGUAGUAGUAUCCUGUUGUAGUGGUCAUGGUUCUAGGGACCAUUUUGAUAUUUAGAAAGCCUGAUAUGUCGAGCUACUUAAUAUUCAGAUGUUGCAUGUUUAGUGCAGGAUGAUGGCGAGCAUAAUGUAGAGGUGAAGUGAUGCACUUAUUGGGUUAAUUAGCUUGAAACAGAUGAGAGCAAGCCUUAAACUAAGUAAAAUAUCUUUUAGCAGACCAUCAUUAAUCUUUGAGAUUAAUGACAUUCCUAUGAAAAGGUUGAAGCUUGUAUUAUAUUACAAUGACACAUUUCUACUUUGUCAUAAGCAAAUAAUUUUUUUACCAGAUGUUAAUUCAUUGACUUUGUUACUUAUAGUUAAAUAAGAUGUUUUAAAAUUCUAUUCCAAAAACAAAUUCUUGGUCAUAUUGUAUUGCAAUGAAAAAAUCAAUGUAAUGCAGUAUUGUAAUAUCAAACUGUAAUUUUGCUAAAGAAAUUUAGUUACAUUACUAUCCUAUAUAAAGAAUAAUGGAUUUGGCACCAAGUUAAAUUGUGAUCUAAUUGUUUCACUCAUGUAUGCAUAACCACAGUUAGGGAUUUAAGGUGAUCACACCAUUAAAAUACAUGCUGGGAACAGUGUGAAAAAAGCACAGGAAAAUGGUUAUUAAUGUUUUUUAAGAAUUUAUUUCCUCAACAGCACACAAUUAUUUUAUUGAGUGGAAACAGUUUUGAAUAACCUAUAGAAAAAUUUUGAAUCUGUUUCUACUCUAGAUGUUUAAAAUAAUAGUUUAGACUUGGCCCUCACAGUCAGUAGGGGUUAUGUUCUGGUGUUUUGGUAUGAGAAUGUGUAGUGCAAAUCUGCAAGUUGUGCACUUGGUAUUAAAAGUUGAAACAUUAGGCUUCAUUUCCCCAACCUGCACAUGAUAUUAACUUAAUGUUGUAUUGGAACCACAUUCUGCACUAGUAACAAAAAGCUUUAAUUCCAUGAAGAUUGUUCACAUACCAAUGAGAUGCUUUUUUGCCUAUUUCAUUUGUUUAAUUUUUCUUAAUCUCGUGUACAGGAUUUUGGACAAAAAAUAAAUGUUAAUAUUUUGGACAAAAAAUAAAUGUUUAAUUAGAGGACUUCAGAAUCUGCUUUGAAUUCCUAGGAUGACCUUUGCAUUCAUGGGGUGCAUUGCUUGAGCCACAAACAAAUAAGACAUGGGUAGUGUAUGAGGAAUAAGGAGCACAAGCUAGAAGGGAAUAAGCAGUGGUGUAUGAGAAUUCAUCAAAUUUACUAGUUCUUUAAUAAAACUAUCUGUUCCUUACCUUAAUUGCACAGGAUGGUGUAGGCAUAAAUCAUAGCUGAGUAGUAGCCUAAUGUUGGUUUAAAGUACCAUUCAUACAGCACCUCUGGACUUGAUAAUGACAUAAGCAGCAGUAUUUUUUAUGCUCCCCACUUUAUUAAAUAGCUUCAAUUGUUUAGUGUACAAUAUUUAGGCCUUUCAUAUUUUAAGAGGGAAAUGGUUUUUCUUUUGCACAAAAAGAGAGGUAAUAUAUUGGGAGGGAGAAUAGCAGACUACACAACAGGACACAUGAUCACUUGGAGCAUCUAGGAGUUCAUCAUAUAGUAACUAUUAUAUGAUUAAUUCCUUAUAUUGCUUUAAGUUUUAUAUAGCACUGCAUUGUUGAAUAUUACUGAAAGGUCUGGGUAUUAUUUUAAUCCAUAAUAAUGGAUAUAUGGCUGGUUUGUUGAAAAAAAAAGUGUGUUGCAAGGGGAAGGGAGUCACAUGCUACCAAACUUGUAUGUUAACACCCUGUGACAUUGAGAUCACACCCUAGGUCCUGCUGCUGGCACAAAGACCAAUAAUUGGUACUGCACCUAUUGACACCAUACUACAAAUGCAGAAAAUCUGUAAAUUUACAAUAUUUACUUGAUUGUGCUGCAUCACCACAAAUGCUUCAAAAAUGAAUAUUUAACACAUUGCUGUUUCACAUAAAUAUACAGGAUUGUACUAUAAAUAAGCUCUUGCAGCGAAUAUAUUAAUACAUUGGUAGAUGACGGAGUGGACAUGCAUUUGAAAAGGCAUGGCCACCUUUAGACUCAAACCUAACAUUAAAUUAUACAGAAUACAGCUCGGAGUAUUUAAUGAAAUAUUUUCAGUAGUGAAUGUUGAGGACUUAAAAACAGCCCUAAGACUGAUAUUAAUGAUAUUCAGCUUUCACUGUAAAAGAGAAUGAGAAUAUUAAAAUGGAUGGAAACAGAGAUGUACAAUAAUUUAAUAACAAAGACUGGACUCCUGUACACACACGUAUAAUAGGAUAUAUCUAAAGUGCUUGUCUACCUCUGUUAUUCUUACUGUAUCCAUGUGAUGAAAAAAAAUAAUUUGAUUGUUACUCAUUACAAUAAAAUAAGAUUAAUUGCACAUAAUGGUUUUGUGGUAAGUGCCAAAACACAAGCCUGGUGGCAGUUAUCCAAGGAGUUGAACCAAACAGGCAAGAAAUUGUUACUUGUGAAUUUGCAAGUUUGGGUAGUCUGAAACUUUGUGAAUUGGUAAAUCUGCACUUUGAUACCCCCUUCGCUCCUCUCAUUUGCAAAGGAUGUGCACUUCAUUUUUCUUCUCUUGUUUAUUGUUCUUCUGUAAGUUUGCAAAAAGUAUUAAAAAACAUUGCCUUCUGCCUUUUGGUGCUGUAUGAAUCAAUCAGGUUUAAUGCUUUUGUGUGAAAAUAUACUGUAAUAAAUAAUUGCAAAAUAUGUGCAGCUUUGGAGGAAUAAUUCAUACUAGUUGUUAAUAAUAAUCUCAGAGCCAAAGGAAAUUUCGGUCUCUUAAAAUUUCAUUUACUUUGUUUGAUUUGUUAGAUUUUUCUUGCUGUGGAGGUAUGUACAUAAUUUGAACUCUGGUAUUUCCUGAGUAACUUCAUAUAACAACUUUAAAUUUAAAUUAACCAUAAUCUUGCUUAUUUCCACAAUUUUUUUAAUUUCAAGUAUAAACGGAUUUAGUGUACUUGCUCGAGUAGUGUUAAGCCACUAAAUUCAAAUACAAACAAAACACUAAAUUCUGGACACCAUAAGCACUGCUUUGCUUUCAUUAAUACAAAUAGA